UGCUUCUUCCGGCCACCAUCUUUUUGGUUUCUCUUGUUGUCGUUGUCAGAUCGGCGAAAUUUCUCUAAAGCCGUAACCAUGGGUCGUAUGCACGCACCUGGUAAGGGUAUUUCCCAGUCGGCAUUGCCGUACCGUCGUAGUGUACCUACUUGGUUAAAACUGACCGCGGAUGAUGUAAAGGAACAGAUAUUCAAACUUGGCAAAAAGGGUUUAACUCCCUCUCAAAUUGGUGUCAUGCUCAGGGAUUCACAUGGGGUUGCGCAAGUCAGAUUUGUAACUGGCAAAAAGAUCCUCCGUAUCAUGAAAGCAAUGGGUCUCGCUCCUGACCUACCGGAGGACUUAUACUAUCUGAUCAAGAAAGCAGUGGCUAUGAGGAAGCACUUGGAAAGAAACAGGAAAGAUAAGGACAGCAAAUUCAGGCUCAUUCUUGUUGAAUCCAGAAUCCACAGGCUGGCCCGCUACUACAAAACAAAGAGUGUGCUCCCUCCCAACUGGAAAUAUGAGUCAAGCACUGCCUCUGCACUGGUGGCUUAAGUUUUAAUAAACUAUGAAAAUCUA